AUGCACAGAGCGCGCCUCCCUCCCGCGCUGACGCGGCUGCGAGGCGGGGGCGUGGGCCGGGAGCGGCACGUGGCGGGCGGGCGGUGGGCGUGGCCGCGGCGCCGGAGGCUCCUUUGUCCGGGCGGCCAUUGGCUGGGCGGGGCGGGGGGCGGGGCGUGGGCGGGGCGGGCGCGGCGCUGAGGGGCGUCGGAAGCGGGCGCGGCCAGAAGGGCGGAGAGCGGCGCCCGGGAUGGGAUGGGGCCCCGGAGGAGACGCCCCCCCACGGGCAGCCCCCCCACGGGCCGCGCCUCGCCCUCCGACCCGGGGGGGGCCCUGAAGACCCGCCGCAGCCGGGCGGAGACGGUGAGCGGGGGGGGGCGGCGAUCGGGGGCUGGGGGGGGCUUUUCUGGGGGGGGAGCUGCCCCCUUUCCCGCCGCCGGGACCCCCGAUCCCCCCCCCCCCGCCGGGUCUUUGUCUUUGUCCUCCGGGCUGCUGCACCUGACGGGCACCCGCACGCCCCCUGCCCUUCUCAGCCGCUGCCCCAUGGAUAUGGGCUUUUCUGGGGGGGGGGAGCUGGGCUCCUAUUCCUGCCGCCGGGACCCCCGAUCCCCCCCCCUCCGCCGGGUCUUUGUCUUUGUCCUCCGGGCUGCUGCACCUGACGGGCAUCCGCCUGCCCCCCCACCCCUCUGCCUUCCUCAGCUGCAGCCCCAUGGAUCUGGACCUGGACUAUCAGCGCCCCACGCCCCCCCCGCCACCGCCGGGGUUUUUUUUGGGGGGUGGAGGGAGCUGGCCGCACCCCUUCUGCCCCCAGGACCCCCGAUCACCCCGCCACCCCCUCCCGACGGGACAGGGCGUCUCCGCGCGGCUCUUUGUCCUCCGGUCUGCUGCACCUGACGGGCACCCGCCUGCCCCCCUCCCCUCUGCCCCCCUCAGCCGCAGCCCCAUGGAUCUGGACCUGGACUAUGAGCGCCCCAACGUCGAGACCAUCAAGUGCGUGGUGGUGGGCGACAACGCCGUGGGCAAGACCCGCCUGAUCUGCGCCAGGGCCUGCAAUGCCACCCUCACCCAAUACCAGCUGCUGGCCACCCACGUGCCCACCGUCUGGGCCAUCGACCAGUACCGCGUGUGCCAGGAGGUGAGGCGGGCCGGGGGGGCCGGGGAGACCCUUUCCCUUCUCUUCCUCCCGCCACUUCCUUUGUGAUGGACCCCCCACCCACCUGUCGCCCCCCCAUGCCCGCCCCUAGGUGCUGGAGCGCUCGCGGGACGUGGUGGACGAGGUCAGCAUCUCCCUGCGACUCUGGGACACCUUUGGGGACCACCACAAGGACCGGCGCUUCGCCUACGGCAGGUGAGUCUCCCCAGGUGGGCAGGGACAGGUGGAGUUGGAAGGGACCCCCAAAGCUCAUCUAGACCAACCCCACCCAAUGUAGGGGUCGCAGCAAAAGCUCCAAUGUAAGAGAGCCUGCCCCAUUCCUUGUCCCUCCUACUCUGGCUGGCAGCGGCGGGCAGCUUUAUCUGGAGUGGGUGGGAGGGAGGGAACGGGCCUGUGCCCACUGGCACUAGGAGGGCAGGAGAGAGGGAGACCCACGGGAGGUGGAGCCCAGACAGAGGGCCGCCUGCUUCCCGCCUCCUCCCCCCUGGGACCUUUACCAUGCCAGGCACGUGUCCCAGGCUGGGUCUGCUGCAGCCGGUCUCCCUUGCAGGAGGGCUUGGCCAGAGAGAGGGGGGUCCCUGGGCAUGGCGCCCGCCCUCCCUCCCUGAGGCUUCUCUUUCUCUCCCCCCACCCAUCUGGGGACGGGGAGCCAGGCAUGAGCAGCAAGAUUUGCAGCCUGGGGGUGGCAGGCAGGGGGCUGAGAAAGGGGUGUCUUGCAGCCCUCUGGGGGAAGGGUCCGAGGGGGCUGGCUGGCUGUGGUGGUGAUUUCUUGCACGGAAUCAUGGAAUUGGAAGAGACCCCCAAAGGCCAUCUAUCCCAACCCCACGCAAUGCAGGAAUUGCAACAAAAACAUCCCCGACAGAUGGCCUGGAGAGGAAGCCCCCCUCCCCUCCCUUCGCAUGUCCUAUGCGUUCCACUUCCGGGUGGGUUGCGCUAUCCUUUGGCCUUCCUGGGCUGGGCUUGGGGGGGGUGUGGUUGGGUGUUUCACCCCCCCUCCCUGCUCUCUGCCAGGCCUCUCCUGGCCCUGGAACCCGGCCUGGUGCCCUGCUGCCUCCCACUCACGUUCUCCACGUUCACAACUUGGCUGCUGAGGCUUCCAAAAUUCUUGAAGGGGGGGGGAGGCCAUCUCCUAUUUCACAUCUGCCCCGGAGACUGCAGCCUCUUUCUCGCAAGGAGCCUCCUCUCACUUCCCCAGGUGUAGAGAAAGACCCCCUUCUCCACUUUCUGUGGAUUUUCACCCUUGGGCUCCCCUUUGGCAGAGCAGGUGCUCCCUGGCUCAGGCUGGCAGCUGCAAGUUGGCUGGGCCACCUGGCCUUGUCACUCUUAGUGGAGCACGAGGCUCUGAAUCUCAGGGCUGUGGGUCUGAGCCCCACGUUGGGCAAAGGAUUCCUGCAUUGCAAUCCCUUCCAACUCUGAUUCUCUCUUGGAGAUCUCCCUGCCCGAUCAGCCGGAAGCGGGCACCCUGGCUUCUCCAUGUGCGCUAUGCCAACCGGGCUUGACCGCUUGUCUGCCCUUGAUCCUUCCGAGUCCUGGCUCUCUGGCCCUUGCGCCACAUCAUGGGGCUCUGGGAAUAGAAAUCCCACCCUCUUCCUCAUGGGCCGAGUGCCAGUCUGUGCCAGCGGUGGUGGGGCUUCACCCACCUGCCUUCUCCCCCCGCAGGUCGGACGUGGUGGUGCUGUGCUUCUCCCUGGCCAACCCCAACUCCCUGCGACACGUGACCAGCAUGUGGUACCCCGAGAUCAAGCACUUCUGCCCGCGCACCCCCAUCGUGCUGGUCGGAUGCCAGCUGGACCUGCGCUAUGCUGACCUGGAGGCUGUCAACCGCGCUCGCCGACCGCUGGCCAAGUAGGGGCACCAAGACACACACACACACCCAUGAUGCUCUCGGGGCUGUGUGCCAAACAAGAGGCCCGUUCUUGGGGGUCUGGUGGGCGAUGCCCCCCAGGGGUGGGUUUGCUAGGAAACGAAGGAGGUUUCAGCUUCAGAGCCACUCAUUCCACAAGUGUGUAGUUCACAUUGCUUAACAAUUUUACUUUAAUAAGUGCAGCAUGUACAGUAGACUUGCCGGUUGCGAUUUGGCGCUUCUGCGCAUGCGCAAAGCACGAUUUGGCGCUUCUGCGCAUGCGCGACCCCCGAAUCCCAGAAGUAACCCAUGCCAGUACUUCCGUGUUUUGACGGGUCCGUAAUCCGAAAAAAAUACAACCUAAAGCGUCUGAAACCCAAAGUAUGACUGUACAUAUAUAACGUUUCCUUAAUUUUCAUCCCCGCCCCCAUAACUUGAAAACUAUGGGACGUAGGAAACUUUUACUCACACAUGUGAGAUAAUCCAGGACAGCAGUUUUAAUCAAAAUCUGAGAAGCGGUAGUUACAUUCCUUUUAAAAGGUCUGUCAUUGAAGAUGAUGGCGAGGUUUUCCCAGACCUCGUUCCUUGUUGCGAAGGGGCCCCCACGACAGUUCAAGCGUCCGGGCCCCCGAAAUGUAGGCCUGCCCCUGAUCCCGCCUUGUCCCCUAGAAUAAUUGUGUAGGGUGACGGUUAGAGUUGGACGAGGCCUUGGGAGACCAGGGUUCGAAUCCCCGCUGAGCCGAAUAGCCUGUCUGUGAGCAGUCAGCCUCUCUCAUCAGCCUUGCAGGGUGGGGGUUGCUCUGAGGACAAAUGGGGAGGGGGAGAACCAUGCGCACCCCCUUGGAGGAAAAAGGUGUCCUGGUAAUGCAAAAAUUGAAUAUGAUUUGGUGCUUCCCCUGUCUCAGCCCGGAGAGGCUCUGCCUGGCAUCCUUUUGCCCUGACCCCCCUGCCCUUUCCUCUCCUCGCCCCCCAGGCCCAUUAAACCGUCGGACAUCCUUCCCCCCGAGUGUGGGCACGAGGUGGCGAAGGAGCUGGGCAUCCCCUACUACGAGACCAGCAUGGUGGCUCAGUUUGGCAUCAAGGACGUCUUUGACAACGCCAUCCGCGCCGCCCUCAUCUCUCGCCGCCACCUGCAGUUCUGGAAGUCCCACCUGAAGAAGGUGCAGCGGCCCCUGCUGCAGGCCCCCUUCCUGCCCCCCAAGCCGCCCCCGCCCGUCAUCCGCAUCCCGGAGCCGGCGCCCGGAGAGGGCAGGGGCCCCGACGCCCUCUUCCGCCAGCCGCUGUGCGCCGACGUGGUCUUCUGCCUGCAGGGGGGCCACCGGGUCUUUGCCCACCGAGUCUACCUGGCCACGUCCUGCUCCAAAUUCUACGACCUCUUUGCGCUGGACUCUCCCGAGCCGCGGGCGCCAAGGAACCGGCGGUGA